AUGUGGCCAUUUAGCACAUCAAAAUACCCGUCGAUCAUGCUCUACUUCUACGAUGCCUGGCUAAUGAACAUCGCUAACCCAUAUAUCUGGCGUUGUUCGACCAAAGAGGUGCUAGUGCCUCUCCACCAACGCAAUAUUGGCAUUCAUCAGUGUGAUAUAGGAUGUGGCACCGGCUACUACCUUGUUCAUCACAAGUACACUAGCCCUAAAGCGACAAUCACCCUCCUCGACCUUGAGGGCACGCCUCUAUCGACAACAUGUACUAGACUCUAUAGUUCACACCCGACUGUGGAAGUCCAUCAUUAUCAACAUGACAUUUUAUCUGUUGAAGAGAUUCCUCCACCCCCGCCCUCAUCUCAGUGCACGGCAUACGAUUCAAUAUCGCUAACCUACCUCAUUCACACCCUUUCUGUCCGCCCAGAAGAGAAAUUGAUAGCUUUUGCCAAGGCCAAGGCGGCAAUCAAACCCUCCGGCGUGGUCUUCGGCGCUACUAUUCUCGGAUACGGUCCGUGGCAUAGCUGGGCCGGUCGCCUCUUGCUCCGUGUUUUGAAUUGGGAAGAAAGACUCAGUAAUAUCGCUGAUAAUGUGGAGGUCUUCAUUCAAGGACUACGGGAAAAUUUUAAGGAUGUGAAGGUGGGCAUUGUAGGGUCGGUUUUGGUUUUCGAGGCCAGGCGUCCCACAUAG